AUGAGUUUUAAGGAGCCUUCAUCGCCCACUCUCGAAGGGAUCUCGUUUGUGGAGCGAUCGUUCUCAUCGUCGUCUCUGCUAACGUCUCCGAUGAAGCAGAGUAGCGCUGGUCGAAUCCCACAAAAGAGCUUUGGUCGACAACCUGUCCGCGUAGCCGCGGUACCGGCCUCACCCGUUGCUGCCCCCGUUCCAGCACCAGUGGUUGCUCGGACAUACACCUCGUCGAGCAUAACGCUUAGCCUCGACGACACCGAGCUUGUACGCGAAUUCCAACAAGAGGUUUCGCGAGACCUGCCUAUGAUAGAAGACAAAACAGACCUCAAGAAUGAGAACACCGAGCUGCGUGCUAAACUAGAGGUAUUGCAGCAUGAAUUGCAAGAUCUUCUGGAGGCAAGCUCAAAGAAUGAUGAGGUCUGGCAGCGUGAUAAUGCUCGUCUAAAAGAACAGCUCAGCGCUGCAAACGCACGCGAGGCAACGCAGCAAGAACAGCUCCGUAUCCGUGACGACCAACUCGCGUUAUGCCGUGAAGAACUGCGUGAACUCCAAGAAUAUCAACUCAGCGUCGAAGAGGAACGAACUGCUGCCGGUCACACUCCUGUCGAAGACGCCGGUAGUUCAGGACUCGGACGCGAGCGCGACUUACUAAAGCUCAUCGUUCAGCUCGUAGGUGCCGCAAACGUUCGCGCUGUUCUUCGUGAGGACCCAAAUGCCAGCCCCGGUCAGCUGCGUGAAGCUCUCGUUCGUCUCCGCUGCUCUCAUUGUUCGUCAUCGCGUACCAAGUCACCACCCAAGUCAACGGGAGGCAACCACACCGACAGUCUCCAUAAAAUGCUGUUCGGGACAUCAGCGCGGCCUCCAUCUCCCACAGCGAUCCGCUUUAACUCCAUGGGGCCCGGAUCUCCACACCAGUAG